AAGAGGAAGGAUAAGGACCUCAUCACAUACACUAGCUAGUAGUAAUACUACCAAUAUAACACGUAUGCUAGCAUGUGGAGAAACUAGAAAGCUAAAAAGCAUUUCAUUUUGCCAACCUGUUUGUCUUUUGGCUCUAUUUAUACACAUUAGAGUAAUAUUUCUCUUCCCCCAUAAUCUUCCAUAUUUUCUACAUAUACAACACCGUUUUCCUUCUCAAGACGUAUCUACUUUUCAUUUCCAACUUUCUUGAAGAAAAUCAAAAAGCCUUUACUAUGGGAAUCAUCAAAAUUCUCCACACUUUGUUUGGGAUUUUUGGCAACAUUACUGGCUUGUUUCUCUUCUUGGCCCCAAUGAUUACAUUUAGGAGGGUCAUUAUGAAUAGGUCCACAGAGCAAUUCUCAGGCAUGCCAUAUGUAAUGACUCUGCUCAAUUGCUUGCUCUCUACUUGGUAUGGUCUGCCAUUUGUGUCACCAAACAACAUACUGGUAUCGAUUAUUAAUGGCACAGGUGCAGGACUUGAGGCAUUCUAUGUGGUGGUUUUUCUCAUAUUUGCACCCAGAAAGGAAAAAGCAAAAAUCUCUGGAAUUCUAUUUGUGGUCCUUUCCAUUUUCUCAACUGUGGCAUUGGUCUCUAUGUUAGCUCUCCAUGGCCAAAAAAGGAAGGUCUUUAGUGGUUUUGCUGCUGCUAUUUUCUCCAUCAUUAUGUAUGGUUCUCCAUUGUCAAUUAUGAGGCUAGUGAUCAAGACUAAAAGUGUGGAGUACAUGCCUUUCUUCUUGUCACUGUUUGUCUUUCUAUGUGGUACCUCUUGGUUCGUCUAUGGCUUGCUCGGAAAGGACCCUUUCAUUGCAGUACCAAACGGAGUAGGAGGCUUGCUAGGAACAGCACAAUUGAUAUUGUAUGCCAUUUAUAGGGGAAACAAAGGUCAAAGCAAGAAAAGUGAGGAAGAUGGAAGAUCAGAUAUGGAAUUAGGGAAGUCCCAAGAAAAAGAGAAAGAGAAGGAAAUACCUAAUACUCAAAAUGGUGAUGCAAAAGCAUGAUGAUUUUAAUUAAAAUGUUCAAUCAAAAAAUGUACCCAAACUUCAUGCUCAUUUUUCCUAAUCUGAAGGAGUAAUCCUCCACAAAUCAAGUGUAUUUGUAAUAGUCUAGACGUAAUUACUAUUUCUCUUGUUAUCGUGGAAGACGUCUUUAAUAAAUGAAAUUCUUUUUCAAUAA